UCAUUUGUGGUUUGUACUUUGUUCAGGCAGGUCAGGCGUACCCUUAAGUUACGGCGGCCUGGUCAUAUUGUCUUAUGUUUCCGUAUUUCGCCUGAAGGCUUAAUUUGAUCAGCCUAGUCCUUCAAAAGGAUCACUCUUCUGUUAUCCCAGAUAACAGGUAUGUAUGGAAGAAUCUUCAUUGAGUCAUGUAGAACGAUUAUGUUUUGGAUUCAGAUGGGCAAUCCACACAACUAUCGUGAGAGUGAACUACCCCGCAACCUUUGUUUGAGUGAGAUUGUUCUCUUCCUAUCUUGAUAAUGUGAUAGUCAGAGGGUGGAUGUGGUGGCUGGUUAUGGGCCGAGGCUUCUGGUGGAAGGUCCAGCAGAGGUGGAGGCCACAGCCCCCGCCAGCUGGGAUGGAGUGGCGAGGUAGGUGGGUAGAGGGGGAGGAGCAGGUCAAGGGAGACGAGGUUGCAAGGCAUAUGUGGGAGGGGCAGUAUAAGAAGAAGAAGGGUGAGAAGCCUGUGAAGGAUGAGGUUGUCUCAAGGGUUUUGUCCCCCCUCGCGGAGCUCUAUCCCCUGAGGAGCGUGCCGCCCUUGAGGCCCGGCGUGGCUGCCUUCGUUGCCGCCAGGAUGGACACACCUCACGGUGUCCAUACCAUACCGCCCUCGAUCAGCACUAUGCUGACAUCUCUCGUCAGCGUCGAUCUCUUUCCCCGCCGGUCCCUCCCGGCCAGCCCCACCCAGCUAGCCACCAUGCAGCGUACCACUGAGGCCUCGCACGUAGCCGACUUCCCGACCACCGAGUCGCGGUUUGCCCCUUUGGCUACCCCACCAGAGGAUCCUCAGGACACGACAGACGCAGUUCCCUCUGCCCCGUCGUCUGUCGAGGUACCGUCUGCCUCACAACAGACCGCCGCAUCUAGUGCUUCCUCUCCGAGACUUCGGACGCGUCGUGCCAUUUACACAGCCCGUUGUAGCGCUCAGCUGGCGACUAGCGAUGACGUUGUGUCAUCUCUCCUGGACUUGAGCAUUCUUCAGGCUCGUCAGGAGCGACUCACGAGAUACGUCAACGUCCUGCGUCGUCUUCUCACUCUGCUUUCUGACCCUGAUCGCACUCUACCCAUUAUCCCUAUUCGCCUACAGACAUCUACGAUGGUGUACCUCGCUUUAUGGGACUCUGGCUCGCAGGGAGAUUUCGUUCACCCUCGAGUGGUUGAGGAAGCUCGCCUAGCUACCUCUGGGUCUCGCUCUCCUAUCUCCGUUACCCUCGGAGAUAACAAGGCACAACGCUUCUUUGAUCAGAUGGUCUCCGACCUCCACUUCUCCCGAACCCUCCAGCCAGCGGAUAGUACCCAGGCGCCUCGGCGUUACCAUUCCUCCGCAUAUUUCGACGUGUUGGAGACUGGGUACGACUUUAUCCUUGGCACUCCCUGGUCCCGCCGGUUCCGUUGCACAAAGGCCGAAUGGGCGACCGAGACACUCGUUCUCAAAACGAAGUGUGGUCAGACCCAUCGAGUACCCUUCAUUGGAACCACGGGCGACACCCCUCUAGACCUACCUCCCCAGGACCCUCGUCCCUUUGGGUCCCACCCAGACAUCGCCUUCACUUCUCCUCGUCAGUUUGCUCACUUCAUACGACAGGAGGAUAUCACGUUCUACUCAGUGAACAUCAUGGAUCUUCUUCGCUACGAUCCACUCUGUCCCGAGGUUGAGCUCAUCUCACUGGAGCCUGGUUCUCCUGACCCUUCCUCCGUCUUCGCGGCUCCCAUCUCUACGUCCACCCGUCAGCCUGCGGAUAUCCCCUCCACGUCCCAGGCCCCUGCGUCGUCGACUGUCGAGUCCACACAUACGUCUCGUGCCGACGCAGACAUUGAGGAACUCACACGGUUCACGGCAGACUUAGAGCCCACCGUUCACGACCUGAUUCGAGAGUACCGCGAUGUCUUCCUUUCGUAUUUCUCAUGUUGCGGGAUCCCUCCGAUACGCGGUGUUGAGCAUUCUAUCCAGCUCGUGCCUGACUAUCGUGCUCACCAUCAGGCACCGUACCGACUCUCGAUUCCAAAGGCGACGAAACUCAAGCGUCAGCUUGAGGAGCUCCUUCGACUGGGGUUCAUUAAACCCAGUAACUCCCCUUGGGGUGCACCUAUCCUCUUUGCUCGCAAAGCGGACGAAACUUUCCGCCUCUGCAUCGACUACCUCGACCUUAACCGUUACACGGUUAAGAACAAUUAUCCCAUGCCCCAGACGGAUGAGAUGUUUGACAGUCUGGCAGGCAACCGCUUCUUCACGAAAAUCGAUCUUCGUAGCGGUUAUCACCAGAUCCACGUUGCCGCAGGGUAUCAGUCGAAGACCGCCUUCCGAUCGUGCUUCGGCCACUACGAGUUCACGGUGAUGCCAUUCGGCCUCACCAAUGCACUCGCAACCUUCAGACGACGAUGAACGACAUCUUCAGGGACAUCCUUGAAGAAUACGUUCUCGUAUACCUGGACCACAUCUU